GACAACUGACAUAUUAUACUGUUCGAAAUUCGAAUAUCGAAAUUAAUUUUGUCUUCAUUUGUGAUUUUGUGUGAAAUAAAAAAUUGUUUUAUGUUCGAUAAUAUCAAAUUCUCGUGUUGAGUUGUUAUUGUUUGUCUUUGUAAGGAAUUCUGACAUCGGUGUUCACUGUUCAGUUUUGUUUACGGUUCAGACUACUACACUGUAGUCCGUGUAUACAUAAUAAUUGAUUAUACUUUGAAAUGAUAUAGAAAAAUGGAAGAGUUAUUUAAUAAGGUGCCUUGCAGGGAAACUCAGUUGCACGAUUUACUUGAUCUCUUAGGUGAAUUAGAUGAACCCCUUCCAUGUUCCCUCUUUAUAAGUGGAAGUAUGGCGACUGGAAAAACUCUUUGUGUUAAUUCUGUUGUGCGCUAUUUGGAUUAUAAAAGCGUUGUUAUAGACUGCGUUGAAUGCUAUUCUCCAAAAAUAUUGUUUGAAGAGAUCGCAUCAUCUUUAGAAAACGACUUUGAAAUUAAGUGUGACACUUUGGCGGAGCUAAUCACAAAAUUAAACAAUUUCUAUGAAGUUGUGAAGUUUAAACCUGUAUUAUUAAUAUUAGAUAGAGCAGAAAGACUUAGAACAAUGGAUCACAACAUAAUGUCUACAUUUCUGAGAUUAAGAGAAUUUUGUAGGUUAAAUAUUUGCACAGUAUUCAUAACACAUCUAAUUUUUGAUAAUUUCUCAUUUAAAAUGGGUGUCCGUGAGCCAAUAAAAAUUCAUUUCCCCAAUUAUAAUAAAGAGGAAUUGUUUAAAAUAAUAUUUUUGAGGCAGAAGGUAUUUGUGGAUCAUGUUAUAAGUGAUCAUGAAGUAAGCACAAAGAUUAAACAGGAGCUACACAAACAAGAGCUGUUUGCAAAUUUUCUCAAUGCAUUCUUAAGUGUAUUCUACAGACCAUGUCGAGAUUUGAUCGAGUUGCAACACAUGGCUCAAAUAAAUUUUGUGAAAUACUGUGAACCAAUCAUUGCAAAUGAAAUAGAAGCAAGUGACCUCUCCAAACUAUGGCGUCACAUAGCGCCCAUCUUAAAGUCGAACCUGGAGUUACUCUAUUUGAGAGUGAGUACUCAAAAGAUCACACAAUCUCCAGGCAAAGAGAAUGUUAGUGGCUUUUUAUAUAACUUUGAAAAUACUCUUAAGGAAGAGUUGAUGUCAACAAAAACAUUUGCACAGAGUUUCGAGCUCCCUUAUUAUGCUAAAUACUUGCUCAUAGCUGCAUACUUAGCAAGUUACAACCCCCCAAAAGAAGAUAAACGCCUGUUCAUGAAAAACCAUGGUAAGCAAAGGAAGAGAUUGCAACAAGUUAAGGCUAAGGCAAAAAUUAAUGAGAAAUUGAAUACUCAAUUAGGACCAAAAGUGUUUACCCUGGAUAGAUUACUAGCAAUAUUCUAUGCUAUUCUGGAGGACAAAAUUGGCCUUACAAGCAACUUACUUGCUCAAAUUGCGACUCUUGUUGAGUUAAAGCUAAUUGCUGGCAGUAAAGAAAUAGAUUUAGACUCCUCCAAGUACAAAUGCAUUGUUGGCUAUGACUUCAUAUCAGCUGUUGCUCAAACUGUUGGUUUUAAUGUUAGAAAGUAUCUGUAUGACUUCAUGUGAUUGUAACAUUUCAGUUUUAUUUAUUAAUUCCUUUGUUUUCUUUAUAUUUUAUAUAUUAUUUAUAAUAAAUAAAAAAAUAGUCAAAAACAA